GAGACGGAUGGAGGAUCUUCUAAUAUAAUCUCUCCUCGAGAAGGAAGAAGAGGAGAAGUGGCUGACCCGUGUGAUCCCAGUGAGAGGGACUAGGCAGCGAGAAGAACCAGGCAGCGAGCAGAACACCACCAGCGGAAACGCGUCAGAGGAGCAGCACUUGGUGGGUGGAAGCAAAGUCAAGUGCGGGCUGCACAGUUCAGCAGAGUCGAGAUACUAACGGGCAGGAGAAAACUUUUUACCCUCGCCAAUUUCAAUUUUGGGUGUAAGGAGAGGAAGAAAAGUAGAAAUAACAGAAGAAGAAGAAGAAGAAGAAGAAGAAGAAGAAGAAGAGAAGGAGGGGACGAAGAAAGGAGCCUGCUGGGAGACUCUCGAGCUAGGUCAUCUCCAGGAGCUCUAAUGGACUUAGAUGAAAGCCACAGCGUGAGUCCGAUGGAGCGAAAAGGCUCCAAGCAAGGCAGGCUCAAAGAAACCACUCUCAAGCAGAAGUCACCGGCGGAGUUCUUUGCGGAGAACAAAAACAUCGCAGGUUUCGAUAACCCAGGGAAGUCUCUGUAUACAACGGUACGUGAGCUGGUCGAAAAUGCACUUGAUUCAGCAGAGUCUAUUUCUGAGCUGCCAGAUAUUGAAAUAACCAUUGAAGAGAUCAGCAAAAGGAAAUUUAAUAGUAUGAUAGGGCUUGUUGAUCAUGAACGUGUUGAUGAGGAGCUGUAUGAUGAUUUUGAAUCUGCUAAGGCUCGAGAGAAACGCCUUGCUAAAGAAGCUCAUGAGCAAGAAGUUCAAGCAAAAAAUAUUGCCCUUGGGAAGAAGAUGAAAGAGGCAUCAGCUUUAAAGAUAACUAAAGGAAGGGGCGAAGCUUCAUUCUUCAGGGUUACUUGCAAGGACAAUGGAAAAGGCAUGCCUCAUCAGGACAUUCCUAAUAUGUUUGGACGAGUUCUAUCUGGGACAAAAUAUGGCCUAAGACAAACUAGAGGAAAAUUUGGACUUGGUGCAAAGAUGGCAUUAAUUUGGUCCAAAAUGAGUACGGGGCUUCCAAUUGAGAUUCGCUCAUCAUUGAAGGGUCAAAAUUAUGUUUCUUUUUGCAGGCUGGAUAUAGAUAUUCAUCGGAAUGUUCCUCAUGUUCAUGCACAUGAAAAGCUGGAUAACAGGGAAAAAUGGCAUGGGGCAGAAAUUCAAGUUAUCAUUGAAGGGAACUGGACAACUUAUCGUUCAAAGAUACUACACUAUAUGCGUCAGAUGGCUGUCAUUACCCCUUAUGCUCAGUUUCUCUUCAGAUUUAUCUCAGACAUAGCAGAUAAAAAUAUCACAGUACGUUUUGCAAGAAGAACUGAUGUGAUGCCUCCAGUUCCUAGUGAAACAAAGCACCACCCUUCUGCUGUAGAUUUGUUGCUCAUCAAACGGCUGAUUGCAGAAACUUCAAAGCAGAAUCUUCUGCAGUUUCUUCAGCAUGAAUUUGUAAAUAUUAGCAAGUCUCAUGCUGAUCGGUUAAUAGGGGAAAUGGGUCCAGAUUUCAGUCCCAAGAUGUCCGUGAAAUCUUUGACAUCUCAGCAAAUUGUACGUAUGCGUCAGCUGUUUCGUCAGGCUAAAUUUGAUGAUCCAAGUGGUGAUUGUCUUAGCCCUGCAGGAGAGUACAACCUUCGCUUGGGGAUUAUAAAGGAAUUGCAUCCAGACAUGGUUGCGACCUAUGCAAACAGCCCGCAGGUGUUUGAAGGCCAUCCAUUUAUUGUUGAAGCGGGAAUCAGUUUGGGUGGAAAAGAUGUAAAGCAGGGUUUGAACAUAUUCCGCUUUGCAAACCGCAUUCCUCUUCUAUUUGAACAAGGAGCUGAUGUUGUUACAAGGACUGCUAUAAAGAGGAUCAAUUGGAACACUUACAAGAUUAAUCAGGCACAAGAUAAAAUUGGUGUAUUUGUCAGCAUUGUGAGCACCAAAAUCCCGUUCAAGGGAACUGGAAAGGAAUAUAUUGGAGACGAUAUUGAUGAAAUAGCGUCAGCUGUCAAGGCCUCCAUCAAGCAAUGUUGCCUUCAGCUGAAAUCCAAAAUAGUGAAGAAAAUCCAAGCUCGUGAACGGCAAGAAAGGAAGAGAAAUUUGUUCAGGUAUAUCCCUGAUGUGUCUAGGGCAAUAUAUGAGGUGCUCGAGAGAAUGGCAACUGACAGAGUUGAGGAUCAGAAACUUGACCAAACAGAAAAGGCAAAGCAGGAUAGGAAAAGGCUACGGGGCAAGGAGGAACAAUCACAAAAUAUGGAUGGAAAGCGGCAGCAUUAUGACUAUGAAGAUGCGGAGAUUCUCCAGAAAGUUUUGAUGAAGGAGAUCUCACAAGCUACAUUAAGAGAGAAGUUAAGUGAACAUGUUGAGAAGGUGGACUACGAAAUGGUGUUGGAGUAUGCUGCACAGAGUGGAGUUAGUGAGGAGGCACAUGAAUCCAUGUACCUUCCAGCACUGGACCAUGUAGGACCAUUUACCACACUGCAUAGCCCAUUGUUUGUUUUUAGGCUGUUGAUUUAAGAAUUUCUACUGCAUUUGUUCAUGUUUCAAGGUGCUAUAAAGAUGUAUCAAGAGUUUAAACUGAACGAUGCAACUUCAAGAACAGCUGUUUUAACUGCGAAAUCUGGGAAUUUGUUGAGACACUUA